ACCAGCGUCUCUUUCCGGUCGUAGCGGAAGACCGAGCUUUCCUUUCCCAGUGCAGUCGGCGGACCUCAACGUGUCCCGACAAAAUGGCACUUUAUAAUUUCAAGAAGAUUAUGGUGGUUCCCACCGCCAAGGAUUUCAUCGACAUCACUUUAUCCAAAACGCAAAGGAAGACGCCCACAGUGAUACACAAACAUUACCAGAUCCACCGUAUCCGACACUUUUACAUGCGAAAGGUGAAGUUUACGCAGCAGAACUACCACGACCGCCUCACGCAGAUCCUCACCGACUUCCCAAAGCUGGACGACAUCCAUCCGUUCUAUGCUGAUCUGAUGAACGUGUUGUACGACAAAGACCAUUACAAACUGGCCUUAGGGCAGAUAAACAUCGCCAAGAAUCUGAUCGACAAUGUUGCCAAAGACUACGUGCGUCUGAUGAAAUAUGGAGAUUCUCUGUAUCGGUGUAAACAGCUGAAGAGAGCCGCUCUGGGUCGCAUGUGCACCAUCCUGAAAAGGCAGAAGUCGAGCCUGGAGUAUCUGGAACAAGUGCGUCAGCAUCUGUCCCGUUUGCCGACCAUUGACCCCAACACGAGGACCCUGCUUCUGUGCGGAUACCCCAACGUCGGCAAGUCCAGUUUCAUCAACAAGGUGACCAGAGCGGAUGUUGAUGUGCAGCCGUACGCCUUCACCACCAAGUCUCUGUUCGUGGGUCACAUGGACUACAGGUACCUCCGCUGGCAGGUGGUGGACACCCCGGGUAUCCUGGACCACCCUCUGGAGGAGCGGAACACCAUCGAGAUGCAGGCCAUCACGGCUCUGGCUCACCUGCGAGCAGCGGUUCUUUAUGUCAUGGACGUUUCUGAGCAGUGUGGUCACAACUUGCAGGAGCAGCUGGAGCUUUUUAACAACAUCCGACCCCUGUUCGCCAACAAGCCCCUCAUCAUUGUGGCCAACAAAUGUGAUGUUAAGAAGAUCAGUGAGCUGCCCGAGGAGAACCAGAAAAUCUUGGCAGACCUCUCUGCCGAGGGAAUCCCUGUGGUUGAGACCAGCACCCUGACUGAGGAGGGAGUCAUGCAGGUUAAAACUGAGGCCUGCGACCGGCUCCUCGCCCAUCGCGUCGACUCCAAGAUGAAGAGCAAGAAGGUCCACGACGUUCUCAACCGGCUCCACCUGGCCAUGCCUGCCAAGAGGGAUGAGAAGGAGAGGCCUCCGUUCAUCCCAGAGGGAGCCAUGAUGCGCAAGAAAGCGAUGGAGGUGGACGCACCCAAACGCAAACUGGAGCGAGAUCUGGAGAUGGAGCUCGGCGAUGACUACGUUCUGGACUUACAGAAAUACUGGGAUCUGAUGAACGAGGAAGAGAAGCAUGACAAGAUUCCUGAGGUCUGGGAGGGCCACAACAUCGCAGAUUACAUUGAUCCUGACAUCAUGAAGAAACUGGAGGACCUGGAGAAGGAGGAGGAGCUGAAGGAGCGAGCCGGCGAGUACGACUCGGACGACGAGAGCGAGGACGAGGAGAUGCAGGAGAUCCGCGUUCUGGCCAAACAGAUCCGCGAGAAGAAGCAGCUCAUGGUCGUGGAGUCGAAAGAGAAGGAUGUGCAUGGGCCUCGCAUGCCCAGGACCACCACCAAGGUUGAAAGGAAGAUGCUAGAGAAGGAGAUGGGCGACCUGGGUCUGGACAUGAACAACAAGGAUGAUAGCCACUACGCACAACAGGCCCGACGGUCCCGCAGCUUGGCUAAGAAACGUAAGCGCGAAGCGUCGGCCCCUCCGACCUCCAAAACCCGCAGCCAGAGCGCCUCCCGUCCACCGCGCGACCAGUCUGGUUUACGAGAUCCGAAGAUGGCAAAGAAGGCAAAGAAAAUGAUGAAGAAAUCCCAGAAAGGCAUGAACCGCGAAGGCAGGAAAGGAGAGUCAGACAGACACGUGUUUGACCUCAAACCCAAACACCUCCUGGCCGGGAAGAGGAAGUCAGGCACCACUGAUCGCAGAUAAAACUGCUUUUUCUGGACUGUUGAGACCUCUACACUCUUUUGGGAAAGAGGAGCUUCCGUUUGGAGCUAGUAUUUGUGUCCUCAUUCUACACAUUUUCCCCCAGCAGUAAAAAGAAUAUGAAAUAUCUUUCUUUUUUUACACGAAGAAACUAGUAUUUAGUAUAAAGUAAAGCUGCUGGGGAAAUGUGCCGACCCAUUGAAACGAUCGGUAAUUAUAACAAUAGCGUCCCUUUUGUAUUUGUCAGCUCUCGAAGCUUUUGCUCAAACAGUUAAACUUGCAGAACUUUGAAGAUCUCAGAAAUUAGAACUACGUGGAAAAGCAGAGACUCGAAAACGAAGAUGAUGGUUAAUGUCAGAAUUUUGUCACUGCAAGUUGCCAUGAUCAGAGUUAACAGUGAAUAUGUGAAAUAGUAUGCAGUCGUUAAACUGUACACAUUACACAAGGUUUUCUCUCGGCAACCCCAGUUGCGUAAAAUUUUGUGCCUCGCAGUUUGUAUGUGGCUCAGUUUGUAUGAAACGCUGGGUUUCCUUGGGGUAAAAGUGAUGGUGCUUCCUUUACAAGUCUCCUCUUGAGAAAUAUUCAUUAACAAGGGAGCCAAAUAAAAUAUACACGUGAACUAAA